AUGGCGUCGAGCAUCUCUCCAGGUCCCCACUACAACGAGCAGAAGGUGGAGAUCCAGUCACUUCCCCGUCCCGUCUCCGCCGACUCUCGUUCUACUGCUAUCGAAUCUGCCCGUCUAUGGCUCUCUCCCUCCACUGUCUUUUCCAAGGAGCACCUCUUCGGCGAUGUUGAUCCCAAGAAGGCCACGAUCCCCCUCGCCGCAUAUUGCUUCAUGACCGGUAUCAUCGAUUCCAUUUCCUUCACCGCUGUUUUCGUAUGGUGUGGCUUCCAGACUGGUAACUCGGUGCAGCUCGCCCUUGCCCUCGCGCGACUCUUCUCUGGUCCUCCUGGCCAGCGUGAUACAUCCUUCCAUCUUCCUGACAGGCAGGCACUCACCUCUCUCAUCACUUUCAAUCUCGGCGCGUUCGUCGGUCGCCUCGGCGAUCGCAUGGGACCCAUGUCCCGCGCAUGGCUCAUGCUCGGCACAUUCAUUCAGGCUCUGUUCACCAUGGCGGCCGCACUCGCUGCGUGGAAGAGUGGUCAGGGUAGCGUUGCUGACUCGCGCGGCGAUCCGGCAUGGACGAACACUCUGACCUUUGUCGCCCUUGGCUUCAUGAGUGCCAGCAUUGGGCUGCAAGGAAUCAUGGGCAAGCGGGUGAACACACAGUUCACUACUACCGUCGUGCUGACCACCGUAUGGUGCGAGCUCAUGGCGGACCCGAAACUAUUCCAGCUCAAUCGCUAUGUGAUCACUCGCGACCACAAGAUCAUCGCCAUCGCCGCCGUAUUCGUCGGCGGCUUCGUGGGUCGUGCUCUUGUCGACCAGAUUGGUUCUGCUGGGGCUCUGGGUGUAGGCACCGGUUUCAGGACUCUCAUCGCAUUCUGGUGGAUAUUCGUUCCUGGGAAGCAGGACGGUCCAAAGAUGAAGAAGCCGGCUGCAGCAUAG